UUUCUAGAUUUCUCUGGACUUGUGUCCUUGUAACAAAUGAUGCAGGUCCGUGCCUCCCCGUUUUUUUCGGUGCUGUGGUACAGUCCCAGCUCUCGUCUAUGGGUCUGCUCCAUCUGGAUGCUACUAGAACAUCCCUGUUUAGGUGAGGGAGGGGGCCAUCUGCACGCUUUAAACGGUGUCUAUUUGGGAUUACAUCAUCACAUGCGAGAGGCUUUGGAGCAGGCGAGAAAGACACCAAAAGUCUGAGAUCCUGUCUGCGUCACCAAUCCUUGGUUAGGUUUCAGGGUUACAAUAACAAGGAGGGAAACACUUGAGCCUCUUAUACUGGUUAGCGCACGGAUCAAGACGACCGGCUGGAAAAAAGACUGACAUCAUGACACAGGGCAAGCUUUCACUUGCUAACAAGUCCACUGACGGCUCCUCCUGUGAGCAGGCCAUCGUGGCACCAUCUCCUCCGACGUAUGAGGAAGCUACAGUUGGCAUCAGUGCUCCGUGCUACAAUGAUGUUGAGAUGCUUACAGAAUUCACCUGGGAUGAUCACAACAUCAGAAGAAUCUUCAUCCGUAAGGUGUACACCAUCUUGUUGAUCCAGCUGCUGGUGACUCUAGCUAUUGUGGCUCUUUUUACAUUCUGUGACCCUGUCAAGGAGUACAUUCAGACAAACCCUGGGUGGUACUGGGCCUCAUAUGCCGUGUUCUUUGUGACUUACCUGAUUCUGUCAUGCUGCUCCGCACCAAGGAGACAGUUUCCCUGGAAUCUGAUUUUACUUUCCAUCUUUACUCUUUCUUUGGCCUAUAUGACAGGGAUGCUGUCCAGUUUCUAUAACACCAAGUCAGUUGUGAUGUGCCUGGGCAUCACGGCUUCAGUCUGUCUCCUGGUCACAGUCUUCAGUUUCCAAACUAAGAUCGAUGUUACUUCAUACCAAGGAGUACUCUUUGUCUUCUGCAUGGUUAUGUUCAUCUCCGGACUGCUCCUAGCUAUUGUCCUCCCUUUUCAAUACGUACCUUGGUUGGAUUCCAUCUAUGCUGCUCUUGGAGCUAUUCUGUUCACUAUGUUUCUAGCCUUUGACACCCAGCUCCUAAUGGGUAACAAGCGGUACACCAUGAGCCCGGAGGAAUACAUCUUUGCCACUCUCAACAUUUACCUUGAUAUUGUGUAUAUCUUCUCCUUUUUCCUUCAAAUCGCUGGCACCAAACGGGAAUAAGCACAUUUUUUACAAGUGGCAUACAAGUGUGGCAUUGUUAUGAAAAGUUAGUUAGAAUACAUAUUGACUUUAUGCAUUGCUACAGCAAAAAUUGUGUUUUAAAAAAUGUAAAAAAGGCAUCUACUGAAAUAAAUCCACGUCCAUUCACAUUUAAUAGAUGAUUUUAUCCAAAGUGACUUUAAGAUAAGGUACAUUAGCAGCAAAAACUAAAGUCAAAACUUUCUAAGUUGGGGCACAUUUUCAAACCUAUAACUCAAGUUAGCAACUUAGCUAUACCAGCUGAAAACAUUAAAUAUUUUUCCAUUCAUAGUUGAUAAACUAAAUUGGCAAUGAUGACAAAAAGCUGUAUAUGUAUGUUACAAACUUAAAAUAGUAGCUUUUUAGUCUCAUUGGAUGCAGUCUAUAAAACAAAAUGCAUGAGUGCUGUGAAUGAUAGACUAUUCUGAACUCAGUCAUCACAUCUCUAGAAAAAUCUGUGUAACUGCUGCUUUCAUGAGUGAAGGUACACGUUUGUUUAAAUAGCUUUAAACAUAUUAGUGGUUAUUAUGUGUUUUUCUUCCCUUCUGAUCUUGUCUUAAUACUGUGAAUUACAAGAUUUCUCCUCUAUGUACUGUAACAUUGUUAAAAAUAAGGCUUGUUCUGAAAUUUAAAUGACAAUCUGAUAUUGUUGCUGCAGACCUAAGGACUAUGUUACUCACCCUUCUUUAUUUGUUCACUUCAUUUCAUUUUUAUAAAACUCUUUGUGUUCAGAAAGCUUAACAGACCUCACAUUCAAUGUCAUUCCGUUCUUGUGCUUGUUUAGUAUUAGUCCAACAAAAGGGAUUGUAUGAAUUUGAAAUAUUUUAAGAUUUGUUUGUUUGUUUAUUCAACUUUACAACUAAUGCCUUUUGGUUCUAUGACUCUGUAAACUUUGAGCUGACUUGAAGUGUUGACGGACGGUAAAGAUUAACAUGUACAGUAACAGAAUGAGAAUCUUCAUUGACAUGUACAGUAACAGUGCCAAACAAAUGGAUUUGCUAUAAGUUUUGAUAAGGUAUUUUUGGAAGGAUGAUUAAAGCUAUUGUUCAGAUUUAAAAUUUUAUUUUUGUAUGAUAUACAGUGUUUUUCAAGAAAGAUAAAUACAUUGCAAGGUUGAUGAUUUAAGAACAUGUAUAGACAACUUUUUACUUGGUUUAUUACUUGAUUGCUGUACAUUAGAAACAACUAAUACAUUUCAUUGUAGAAAUAGCGUUGCUGUGUUAUUUAAGACAUGUCUAAAAAAACUGGUCAAAAGUCUUCCUUGUUUCAAUAAACUGUACUCAAAUCAUA